AAGUUUAUCUGAUAAUGCUUUUGCAAAAGCAUUAGCUACAGGAACUCUUCGACAAUAUUUAUAUUUGCAAAUAGAUCAACAAAUUUGUAAUACUCAUUAUAUGGAAAUUGUUGAAAAUCCUUAG